AUGGAGAUGAAAGGAGUGAAGCUUAAGGUCCUUGGGAGGGGAGCAUAUGGUGUGGUACAUUUGGUGGAAACGACUUCUCCUUGUUCUGGGUUGUUUGCUGUAAAAUCUGCACCUUUAACAAAGUCUUUUUCUCUUUCCAAGGAAUGGGAAAUAUUUAAAAAGUUUAUAGGUUGUCCAAAUAUUGUUCAAUGUUUUGGUGGUUUCACGAGUUUUGAACGAGAUGGAGGGUAUUUUUAUAACUUAUUUCUUGAAUAUGCACCUGGCGGUAGUCUCUUGGAUUUGAUGAACAAGUAUGGGGGCAAAAUACCCGAAUGUGAUGUGAAGGAUUAUGCAAGAAUGAUUCUUGAAGGGCUUGUUGACAUUCACAACAGAGGAUACAUCCAUUCUGAUCUUAAACCAGAAAAUAUUUUGGUUUUUCCAUCUCAGACCGGUUCCGAUUUGAAUACUUUAAAGAUUGCGGAUUUCGGGUUAGCUAGACAAUGUGGGGAAAAAGAUAUUCCACAACUUUGGGAAUAUGGUUUUCGAGGUACAGCAGAUUAUAUGUCACCUGAAUCUGUGAUAGGAGAAAUCAGUGGUGCAUUGGAUGUAUGGUCACUCGGUUGCAUUAUUGUUGAGAUGAUUAGUGGGAAAAUGCCAUGGAACUAUAGCAACCUGAAAGAUUUGAGAAACAAGCUUUUGAAUGGAGAAUCACCCAAAAUCCCAGAAAACAUGUCAAGUAUUGGGAAGGAUUUCUUAGCAAAGUGUUUUGCUAGGGAUCCCAAGCAACGAUGGAUGGCUAAUAUGCUGUUAAGCCACUCUUUUCUUAUGCCAGAGUUCAGCUUUUUUUUCGUAUGGAAGCAAUCUCCCACAACUCUUCUCAGCCCUUUCUUCAACAAUUUUUGACGAGGACAAAUCGUUAAUCCAAUCCACAAAGAGUUUCCAAAAGGAUGACAAAUUCGGACCAGAAGGAGAUUUGGUUGAAAACUUAAGGUUGCAAGUAAUGAAGAUGGGCGUCUAGGAAUAUGGUGCAAA